AUGAGCCGCAACCUGCAGCUUCCUUCCCUAACCUUCCCAAGUCCACCGGAUGUAUUCCACUUCCCCGAGGGCGCUACAAGAGACCAGCUGCUUCGCGUUCUGCGCAGGGUAUAUGACAGCGCCACCAACGAUGAGAGUUUCAACUCCAGUGAUGAUAUCAACAUCAUACACAUCAGGACGCACGAGCUGGAGUGGGAGCUGAAAAACGCUAUUCGCAGGAUCACUUCGGAAGAGGAGUGGAAAGAUGUUGUGGGGGAUGACUGGCCGGGUGAGGGACGGGGCGAUACGUAUGUUGUUAGUAAGAGGGAUGUGCAUUUUCAGGAUUCCCGCUCCCUUGGUCAUGAAGGCGAAGGAGGAGGGCGAUGUGGGCAUUGUGGGUAUGAAAUAACGGGCGAAGCCUCAGCUUCUGAAAAUGACCCUGCCCAGCACGUCUCGAAGGAUGAGUCUAGGAGGAAGUACGACCUCAAAGUCGAAGAUGAGAGACGUGAGGGAGAAGAUCAAAGGGAUGUACCGCAACUGAGGGGAGGCGCUUUUUCGACGUUCUCGGGUCUACCAAGCGGUCUGCCAUUCGACGAAUCCUGUGGCGACUGUAGUCGGUAUAGAUUUGAUGAGUAUGGUGAGGGCAAUCCGUUUAGGCCAUUACAAGAAGACUAUGCUCUCGAGCAGGAGCAGGCUUGGAUCGACCGAGCAUGGAUCCUCCAGUUGCAGAACGCCUCUCACACCCGCAUGAUCGAUCACUUACAGCAAAUUAUCGAAGACGUCGAAGCAACGGUCGAGUGGCAGGACGAGGAGCUCGCGUGUGCACAUCGUCGCAUCAGCGAUCUAGAGCGGAAGGUGCGGAAAAGGAAGGAAGAGACGUUCGCUGCAGGGCGGAGAACAGACUUUGCGAGAGCCGAGACCAGAGUAUUGCAAAAACAGCUACAGCAGAUCCAUGACCAGGUCACUCAAUUUUGCGCCGAGCUUGACGAGAGUGAGCGGCGAAUCCUUGAACACUAUCCGGGUCUCUUCGCGUGCGAGUCACCACAGGCCGCUGAAAUGCGUGGAGGAGAGGAAUCGCCUCAUGAGCUAUGUGGCUCAUCUUCUGAGCAUGCUCUUGCAGAUGCGCAGAAAGAAGCACACACGCCAAAAGUAGAAGCAGUAGAGGCAAGUUCUUUCUACUGGUUCCCCAGCGUCUCCAUGGUCGUACUCCUCACCAACCCCCUCCACCACUUCCAAUUCCCCAAACACACAUCCCUCGCACGAGUCCACCAAAUGCUUCAAACCCUUCACACCGAGGGCAGAGAGACCGAUCCGCACCUCAGACAGGUCCGCGAGAUCCUCGACACCAGAGGUGAAGCACACAUCAUUCUCCCGGAUACAACCAAUGGCCGACAGGUCCUCAUCAGCGCCCCCGACAUCAGGGACGAUGCUAGUGUGGCGAGUGGAAAAGCGGGAUACAAGCACUGGAACCGAACGUUUGGCCCGGUGGAGUACCAGUACGAGCAUAUGCUCAAGGAUAGCAUCGAGAGUCUGAAGCCACCGACUACGGAUGACCAAGCGCUCUUGUCUCCAAAAGUCUGUGUCUAUGAGGAGAUAUUCAACGCCGGGGUCCUGGUGAACAAGGUUUCUCCGUCAGGAAGUCCUGACGAGGACGAAUACUACAACGCUGGCGACCUCGUCGACACAAUCGAGCACGAGGCUGAGCUAUCGAGAGUGCGAUCCGCACAGAAGCUCGCGGAGCUUUGCAAGGAGGUACCGACGUCCAAGAAGCGUGCGGACAGUCUGGGUGAGAAGCGAGGCUACGCUCUGUCUCUUCCUUUACCUCCUACUAAACUGGGUCCCAUGUUUCCCACUGGAUCUGACUUCGCUUCUAAAGAGCACUUAGACCCCCGUCCGGUAGGUACGACUGGCGUGAGAGCGUGGCGGCUGGACCAAACUUCAUCUAAAGAGGCAGAACAUGGGCGCAAUGGCGAAGAUGAGUGCUCAGCAAAUGUUAACUAUGCGAAGGGUUGUGACAAUAGCAUUGGCUUGCGGCGUAAUCCUCUAUCGCUGGAGCGCCUUUUCACAAACCCUGACACAGACACACAAAGUACGGCUACAAGAGAGAACAGAGCAUUCGGAAGCAGGUCUCCUGCGGAGGAAGGCUGGUGCAUGUGGCGCCACCACAAAAACUCCGGCUGCGAAUCCUGGAUACCUUCCUCCAAUCUCGAUCCCAACCGUGAGCGCUGCGCAUUCUGCAAUCUCCCGUUCGCAAAGGUGAGCUGGGAGAAGUGGGAAUUCGACGAUGAGGAGAUGUGCUGA